CUGGCUGCCUCGCUGCACGGUCAUUAUCCAAUAAGCACCAGGCUGCAGCUGAAGUGUCACUUUCCACACUGAAGCCAAGGGACAAGAACUUCACUGCAGACAUGAGUGGAGUUUUGGAAAUCGAGCGCUGCGACCUGGACGUUAAGAGCAACAGCAGAAACCAUCACACCGAGCUGUAUGGAGAGGAGCGCUUGAUUGUCAGACGGGGGCAGCCCUUCAGCGUUAUUUUGCACCUGUCACCUGGCAGCAAAGAGUUCAAACCGGGUGAAACAAGCUUCACGCUCAUCGUUGAAACCGGUCCGUUACCCAGAAAAGAAUCAGACACUAAGGCUUCCUUCAGCCUGAGUGACUCCACGUCGGACACUGAGUGGAGCGCGUCUGCCUCAAGCGAUCCCUCUGCAAAGACUGUAUCUGUGUCUAUCUCCUCCUCACCCAACGCUCCCAUCGGGGUCUACUCUCUAGAGGUGGACCAGAAUGGGCAGAAGACCAGCUUAGGACAGUUCAUUCUGCUCUUCAAUGCUUGGUGCUCCAGAGAUGCAGUUUACAUGCGCAGUGAGACAAAAAGGCUGGAGUAUGUCUUAGCACAGCAUGGGCAGGUGUACAGAGGAACACAUACAAGGAUCAAGGGGAAGCCCUGGAACUUUGGACAGUUUGAAACAGGAAUAUUGGACAUCUGUUUGAAGAUUCUCGAUGACAACCCUAAAUUUGUGUCCGAUGCUGAUAAGGACUGCUCUGGCCGGAGAGAUCCCAUCUACGUGACCAGGGUGCUGAGCGCCAUGAUCAACAGUAACGAUGACAGGGGAGUGCUGGUGGGAGAGUGGGGGGAGUUUUCAGGUGGGGUCCAUCCAGGAACGUGGAUCGGCAGCGGCGACAUUCUGCGUCAGUGGGCAGAAAGCGGUCCGGUCCGCUACGGCCAGUGUUGGGUGUUUGCUGCUGUUGCAUGCACAGUGUCCCGUGCCCUGGGCAUCCCGUGUCGAGUGGUUACUAACUUUGGAUCGGCUCACGACACCGACGCCAACCUGGUGAUAGAAAACCUGUUCAGUAUAGAUGGUGAAAGCCUUUCCAGUGAUUCAGUGUGGAACUUCCAUGUUUGGGUGGAUAGCUGGAUGACUCGUCCAGACUUGGGGCAGGAGUUUGAUGGGUGGCAAGCCAGCGAUCCGACCCCUCAGGAGACAAGUGAAGGUGUUUUCUGUUGUGGACCUGCUCCACUAAAGGCCAUUAAGGAAGGAGAGCUGACCAAGAAGUAUGAUGCACCCUUUAUUUUUGCUGAGGUUAAUGCAGACGUUGUGGACUUGGUGCGCCUGGCAAAUGGAGAGUUCGUCAAGUUCAGCGGAUCGACAAAGUCUGUUGGACAAUUUAUCAGCACCAAAGCUGUGGGUUCAAAUGACAGACACGACAUCACGCACCAGUACAAAUAUCCAGAAGGCUCAAAAGAGGAGAGACAGGUGUAUGAGAAGGCCCAACACCGCAACAAGCUGGAGCAACGAGGAGAAGAACCAGGGUUCCACCUCAAGAUCAAACUGGCUGACAACAUGAUCGUGGGCUCAGACUUUGAAGUGCACGCCAUCCUCAAAAACAACAACAUGAAGGACAGAACCUGCAACUUCCUCCUCUUUGCCAGAGCAGUCGGCUACAACGGAAAACUAGGAGACAGCUGCGGAUUUGCUUCGGACAAAAUAGAGAUUCCCUCUGGAGAAGAAAGGCGUCUGUCUCUGAAACUGGACUAUGACGGUUAUGGAACAGCGAUCACAUCUGACAGGCUCAUCCAGCUGUCGGCCAUCACCGUCGACAAGGAGACCAUAGACUUCUGUAAGGCUGAGAAGACCAUUGUGCUGGAUGAGCCAGAGCUAGAGAUCAAGCUGCUGGGAGAAGCCAUGCUGAACAAGCCUGUGUCGGCCCAACUGACCCUGAUGAACCCUCUACCAGAACCUCUGCAGGACUGCAGCUUCACCAUAGAGGGAGUCGGCCUCACUGGCGGCAAACCCAUAACAGCACAGAUUGGAUCUGUCGGCGCCAGACAAGAAGCCAAAGCCAGCAUUGAGUUCAGUCCCACCGCUGCCGGCUCCAGCGUUCUCCUGGGGAACUUUGACAGCAACAUACUGAAGAACAUCAAGAGCUUCAUCGACAUUGUUGUGAAAGAAUCUAAUUUCUAAUCGUCUAAUAGCACCAACGGCUUUUUGUUUACUUUAACUGGAUAGCUGUGACUUACAUUACAAAGCUGCCUUUGACAAAUGGAGCCUAAAAGGUCAUUUUUUAAAAAUCUACUUAUUUUUAAACACUUGUUGGAAGAGAAUAAUUGCAAUAUUAUACUAUGUAAAAGAAUAACUUUUGUGUAAUUUUAUUAACAAACGCAGCUGCUGUUGUUAGUAUACAUACUGUAUAGCGCCUCAGAAGUAGGCUCCAAUACAAUAAUGGUGCCAAUACAUUUAGAUACAGACACAUUUAUUUAUCUUGAAUGAUGAAUAAGUUUGUAUUCAUACAGAUUCAUAUGAACUGUGAGUAAAGAAAUAGUUCAGAGUGCCUCCUUUUUGUUGUUAGAAAUUUGAGGCUCUGUGUUAUUCAAACCUGCAGACGGAAAAUAAACUCUCAGCAGACGGAUAUCGCCACUUUGGGUAAUGCUGCAAUAACCUUCAAAAGUUCACAUGCACAACUUCAUUUUUUUUCUUUUUAUUUCUACUAAUGUAGUAGUUAAUUUGAGAAAAAAUAAAACUUCUCCACUAA